AUGAACGAAGAGGAAAUACAAGGCUAUCGCUAAUGCUAACUAGCUGAUCGUGUUGGAGAAAAAGAAAAAUGUUGCGUUUUUUAUUUUCCUCUCACGCUCAUCCUCAAAACGAGGCUUAGUCUGUUUUUUCUCCUGAUUGUGCAAAGACUCAGACAAGUAUUUGGCCUCUCUUUGUGUUUUUAGCGUUAUUUAGUGAGAAGUUAGUGUGGAAGUGUUGUGUGUUUGUGUUAGCCCCGUCAGCUGUCCAUCAUUUAAACGUCAGUUCGGUCAUUUUUGGAAGCAGCCAUGGCAGCUCCUGUAAAUGUCCAGGCUCCAAGUAAGACCUGGGAGCUGAGUCUUUAUGAGCUUCACAGGAGCCCUCAGGAGGCCAUCGUGGAUGGGACUGAAGUGGCGGUGUCUCCUCGCUCGCUGCACAGCGAGCUGAUGUGUCCCAUCUGCCUGGACAUGCUGAAGAACACAAUGACCACCAAAGAGUGUCUGCACCGCUUUUGUUCAGACUGCAUUGUCACUGCUCUGAGAUCUGGGAACAAGGAGUGCCCAACCUGUAGGAAGAAACUGGUCUCCAGACGUUCACUGCGCAGAGAUUCCAACUUUGACGCACUCAUCUCAAAAAUCUAUCCGAGUCGUGAUGAGUAUGAGGCCCAUCAGCGGACCGUCCUCGAGAGGCUCAACAGGCUGCACAACAAGGAAGCGCUGAGCUCCAGCAUCGAGGAGGGGCUCCGCCAACAGGCCCGCUACAGGUCCGAGAGGAAUCACAGAGUAAAGAAACCCACUCAGGAGAGUGACAACACCACCUUCAGUGGCGGGGAGGAUAACGGCGACUCUCGCUCACACCUCUCUCAUGACUCUGCCCCCUCCAACACGCCCCAUCCCAUGGGCCAGACUCCCCCAGAGGCGGGGCCGAGUCGCAAGCGGCAGCGGGCUUCUGAUGACGGCUCGGGCCCCGAGGCGGACAGUGGGAGCCCGACCCCACCUCUGAGACGCCACAAGGAGGGGCCCGUCUCAGAGAUCGAAUUGGUGUUCAGACCACACCCUCAGCUGGUCAAUGCCACCGACUACAACCAGACCAGUUGUUUUUACAGAUAUGUGAAGACAACAGCCAAUGCCACAGUGGACCAUCUGUCAAAGUACCUGGCUCUGCGCAUCGCACUUGAAGAAAGACAGACUGAUGGGCAAAUUGAGAACAGAGGAAAAGAGGAGGGAGGAGAUAAAACAGAAGAAGGUGGAAGCGGGGGAGCGUCAAGAAGUGGAGAAGGGUCGAGUCUGAGUAACAUCAGUGAAAAACAAUACACCAUCUACAUAACCACAAAGGGAGGACAAUUUUCUACUCUCAACGGUUCUCUGACUCUGGAGUUGGUUAAUGAAAAGUACUGGAAGGUCCGGAAGCCGCUGGAGCUUUAUUACGCUCCUACCAAGGAGCAGCAGCAGCCACAAGCAACACAGCAGCAGAAAUCUCCUCCACCACAGGACGGAUGAGUUCAGAGCCACAUUCCUGAUCAAAUGCUCAAAGAACAUCACUUUCUUUAUAAUAUAGCAUCUAUUUUGAAUGAUUUGCCUAGUUCAGUUUGUAAUCAGCUCAACAGCUGACAUUUGUGACAAAAACUGAAGCAGAGAGGACUUUUUAAAACUCAUUUUAAUAAGUCAGAGAUUUCUCCAUCAUGACAAUGUUGUCAUUCCCCAGUUUUGUUAAUCAUCCCAAUGUAUAUUCUUCCAAUUAUUAGAUGUACCAUUCCCUAUUUAGGUUUUCAUUUAUAGUCUUUAAUUCAUUUUGUGUUUUUUUACCACGUGGGAAAGCAAAGAUUAAAGCUUUAACCCUGAUGUGGGUGUAUUUGUAAAAACCUUAUAUUGCUUGGCAGUCUAUCCUGAUACAGACAGAUGCCCGUUUGUUCUCAAUGACUGACUCAUAGCUGUGACUUUCAAUGCUAUGGGGGAAGAUAUGUAUAUUAACUGGAUGGGGGUUAUUUUUUUUACUUUUCUCGUAUUGUACAUUUCUUUAAUUUUGGAAUCCCACUUUUGAUUUGCUUUCAGCAUUUUCUGUGACAACUGGAAAAGGCAGGAUAAUUUCUUACAUGUCAUAUGAAUCCUUUUCCCAUGCAUCUGUACAUUAACAGCUUUAGUUACCGUAUGUUUCUCCCCUCACCUGAAAGACAAAAAGCCAUAUAGGCCUUUCAAGGCUCCUAACUUGAGUUGAACUUUUUCAACCAUGCUUCUUGUUUUUUGCACUUUAUUUGUUGCAACCGCAGUUUACUUUUAGGAUAUAAGAAUGGAUUAAUUAUUCUUGUCGUUACAGAUUCUGAACAAUUA